CAACUUGUUAUUUAAAGCAGCUGGUAAAAAAAGAGAAUAAAUAAAUAAUGCUACGAUGGAAGUAAACCCUCUGGCUGUAAUACUUGCCUACUUCGACAGCAAAGGCGACCGCCUGCUGUAUCGAUAUCCCUACCACACACUCGGCCAAACACACAAAUCGGAAGAGCCCCGAGAGGAGAUGGUUAACAAAAAACGAAAUCCCUUCGCCGUCACCCACACAGAUGAUUUGCUGCAGACGCCCACGCAACAGAGCCAGAAUCAGCAGGGCACAGGACAACUGCAGGGUUUCGCAGAUGACGUACUAUCCGCUCUAUUCGCUGUCAAGCCACAGUUGUGCAACCAAAAGUUCGAGCUGAAGCUGAACGAUGUGCGUUUCGUUAGCCAUCCCACAUUGAUUAGCUCAGCCUCGACAGUUCAGCUAAAUGCGGGCAACAGCCAAGCCCUGGCGGCCAGCAGUAGCAUAACAACUGCCGGUGCGGCCAAGAAGCAGCAGAUGCUGAUCAACAUUGUGUUCGCACUGCACGCCCAGGCCAGCUACUCCAUCGUCAAGUGCUACCACGAGCUGAGCAAGCGCCUGGGGCUGGCGCUCAAGUUCGAGGAGCAGCGCAGCGGCUAUGUGACGGAGCAGACGGCGCUGAUGGCGCGUACCCACGACGAGCAACAGCAACAGCAGCAGCCGCUGGAGCGCACGCUCGAGCUGAUUGCGGAGCGCUGCAGCCUGGCGCAGGCCCUGAAGUCCAUCUGCAAUGAUCUCUGCACCACCGGACUGCUGAGCACCACACUAAAUCAGAAUCUAACGCUGACCUUCUGCCUGCCGGCCAAGGCCCAUCAGCUGCACAAGAAGGGCAGCAUGGUGGAUCCAGAGACGAUCGAUCGCUGUCUGCGCGCGCUCAAGCCGUAUCAUGGCAUGCUGCUGCUGGUGGACUUUGCUGAGCUGCUCGACUGUGUGCCGCCGACGGGCGCACGAAUGCUAUGGCAGCUGGUGGAUGCCUACAAUCCGCUGAUCAGCCUGCAGAGCAUGGCCUCCAAUGCGGAUCUCAGCAUCGAGCAUGUCUAUAAGCUAGUCUCUCACCUGGUCUACUGGGCCAAGGCCACCAUCAUCUAUCCGCUGUGCGAGACCAAUGUGUAUGUGAUCGCGCCAGAUGCACCGCUGCACACGCGCUCCCACCUGGUGGAGAAGUUCUCCACUCGCUUUGCGGGAAUGUCCUUGUUCGAGGUCAUCUCGGACUUCUCGCUGCCCACGUCAAUUGGACACCUGACGACGCCGCUGCAGCAGCCGGCACGUCAGGGCAUACUCGCCCAGAUGGUGCUCUGGAUGCUGCAGCAUCAUCUGCUCAUGCAGCUGCACACCUACGUCCAAUUCAUGCCCAGCGACGUGGACGACGAAUUUGGGGAGUCCGCCUCCUGUGCGCAUGUCGCCGCCGGCAAUCUUACCGAGGAGGAGCAGGACAGCAAUCACACCGAAGACGAUACUAUGAAUCGCGUUCCGCAUGAUGAUCCCGUGCACGGUGGCUCCAUGCUUAGCAUGUCCAGCCAGCCACUGCCGAUGCCCGCGAAUUCGCAUCGUCGCCAUCUGACGGACGAUCACUUCUCCGUCGCCUCCGAUAAUAUUGCGGUGCAGCCCUCAUCCAGCCACAAGUCGAACUUCAGCAUGACGGCCUCCAUGAGCACGGACAACUGUGACAGUCUCGACUCCAUGGAGGAUGAGCAGAAACUCAAGGAGCUGCUGCAGGUCUUCAGCGAUGCCGAUCGCGCUGCCAUACGUCGUAUACCCGCCUCCCUCAACCUGGACGAUCUGUCGCUGCUGGUCAAGCUCUACCAGAUGGGCUACUUCAAAAGCGAACAUCACCUGGAGGAGAUUAUGUAUUUUGAGAAUUUGCGUCGCUCCCAGCUGCUGCAGCUGCUCGACAAGUUCCGCGACGUUCUCAUCCUCUACGAGACAGAGGAUCCGGCCAUAGCCUCCAUGUACAACAACAAAUAGAAUUUAUAAUAAAGCAAGCAUUCCAAAUGCAUUAUGAAUGU